GACUUCAGAAAAGACUUGUCCGCGCGGAGCCGCGGAGCACCAGUAACGAAGGAAGGAGCCAGGAGCGACCACUGCCUGCGGUGUCGCCAGAAUCGGUCUUCGGAGGGAGAAGGACAACUCACCCUCCUCGUCCAAAAUGACCGUCCUUCCCACAAAGGUAGCCCUGCUGCUGGCACUGAUGCAGGGGUUGCUUGCAUCUGGCGUCGACAUUGAUUUGAGUCCUGUGACGCCGACGACCUCUUCUGUCGUCACCAGUUUGCAGCAAGAAGCCUUGGUCAGCUCUAUUCGGGACGUCACUGUUCAGCUGGAGAAGUUCAACUCGCUCUACUUGGGCAAACUCGAGACCAAGAUUAUGUCAAUAGCGACGUUAAUGGGGCACAUAGACAGCAACGUCAAACACUUGCAAGAAAGAGCACACGUCUGGGACACAUUUCAGCUGCAUGUGUCCGCUUGGAAUGAGCAAAUCAAGGCACUGGAUCGAAAAGUGGACUUCAUUAGCAGAGGGCAAGAACGUUUUGAACAGUUCGACACGAAAAUGAACGAGCUCUUGGGAUCACACGAAGCACAGCUGCAGCGCGUGUCCAGCCGGUUGGACGAGAUGGACACGCGUCUGGCAGCCAUCGCUAAAAGCGUUGAGGAGAACACCGCCAGCAGCGAACCAGCAGCACCCUUGCUUGGCGAGUUUGCAACCAGGGGCGUUCUCAGCACCCUCAAGGGGAUAGAGAAGAAGGUAGACAAGCUGGUUGCGCAAGCCAAAGCUGAAGAGAAGCUGCUGGAGAAAAACUCGGCGCAUAAGUGCCAGGCACCGUCAGUUCUGGAAGCUCUCUUACAGGAUGUCGCUUCAAAAGUGGACGUCAUUUUCGACCGGCUGCCAGAAGAGGGCGAGGCAGAAAUUCGCGGGGGCGACCUGAGGGUAUGGCGCCGCAUGGCCUCACCUCUGCGGAGAACCUGGAGGGCGUUAGAGAGUGUCGAGCGAGCCGUCAGAAGCGCUGAAGACACGAACGUCCAGCUCAAGAAGGGUCACGACCACCUGCUCAGGGUCGCCAAUCACACACUGCGAUAUGCUGCUCAGGGGUCGGAGUGUUGUCGAAAAUUGCGAGAGGAGACCCACAACGCCAGCGUGCGCUCAACUAACUCGUGCAUCGCGGCCGUUUCCGCGGGCACAGAAACGUCUCUGCGCAACAUGCGCGACCUCUUCGCCAAUGCCAGCCAGGAAAUUGAGCACCUCGAGGAUCUCAUCCUCGACAACAUUGCCUACAAUGCCAGUUGCCCCAAUGAGAGCCCCUCCCUAGUAGUGGACGCCGAGGAGCAAGAUUUUUCCGACUCGUCAAACCUACUGGACUACGAGGACGUGAGCACACAGUCGUCGGUGCCCCUCACCAGCCAGCCAAGCACUGGUCGAGGCAAACGCUUCCAGUGGCUGUGCAGCGACGUGAACGGACCGUCCGGGGUGACCAGUUUGUUGGGCGACCGAGAGGAAGAGGAGGCGACCGCCCCCGUCGUCUCCGAGUGGGACGGAGGUGGCCAGCGUGAGCGCCUCUUCUGCGACCAGCAGACGGCAGGAGGAGGAUGGACCGUGGUGCAGCGCAGGGGCAACUUCAACGGCCGCCUGGAGAACUUCACGCGCCGCUGGACUGACUACAAACGCGGCUUUGGUGACCUUAACGCUGAGUUUUGGGCCGGCAAUGAUUUUCUGCACCUUGUCACCUCGGGUGACCGACCAGUUAAACUCAGAAUCGAAUUGAAAGACUUUGAAGGAAACAAAACGUUCGCCGAGUAUUCAUUGUUCAGGGUGGGUUCUGAGAAGACCAACUACCGUCUUACACUAGCCGGCUACUCAGGCAACGCGUCUGACUCGUUCAGUUCCCACAACGGCACGCCUUUCAGUACGAUCGAUCGCACAAACGACAAGGCGCCCGAAUGCUGUCCUUGUGCCAAAACGUACUCCAGCGGAUGGUGGUUUCACAGCUGUUUUGAGGCAAAUCUGAAUGGCGAGUACUUCCUGGAUCCGGAGGGAGCAACCGACUUCCAGGGGAUCAUCUGGGAAAAAUGGCGAGAUGACUACAGCCUUGCUGGGACAGAGAUGAAAAUCCGUCCGUUGGACUUCCAUGGCUCAUGAAUGAGUGACCUGAAAAUGCGCACUUUUUUGCCCACCGUGUUUCGCAAAUUUGUAUCAUAUAUUUAAUUAUAAAUCAAAUUCAUUCGCCUAUGAAUAAGAUGUUUCCAAAUUUUGUAUUAAAAACACGUGGGCUAUUUGUUGUUCAUUUAAAAGCAAUCAAUCGUUUUCCCACACAUUAUUUUCUAUUUAAUCUUUCAGUGAUUAGGAUAAUGCCUAAUUCCAGACUGUGUAGCUCAUUAAGUUCAAUAAAGCACACCCAGCAAUAACAAAAAUAAAACAAAUAUUGAAGUGCUGAA